GGCACAUUGCAGGAGUACUUUGUCAUACAAAGUUUGAACCUUGAAAGCCGGACUACAAACGUGGAUAGCCAGGGAGAAACACACGCAAGCCUAAGACGUGCUUAUCACCACUAGAACAUACUCCACAAUGGCUAUCCAUGUACCGGGUCUGAUAAUGAUGGUCAUCUUCUACCUGCUUGUGUUGGGAACUGGCAUCUGGGCAUCUGUAAAAUCGAAGAAGAUGGAGAAAAACACACUCAAUGGAUGGAUUGAAGUGUCUUUUUUGGCUAACCGCAGGGUCAAUUUGGUAGUGGGAGUCUUCACAAUGACGGCCACCUGGGUCGGAGGUGCUUUUAUCAUUGGAUUGGCAGAGACAGUUUAUGACCCCACAAAGGGACUUAUCUGGGCUCUUAUUCCUCUGCAAAUGUCAAUUUCAUUUAUUAUUGGUGGACUGUUCUUUGCGAAGCCAAUGCGGGACCAAAACUACAUCACGAUGAUGGAUCCAUUUCAGAGAAAGUAUGGGAAGACACUGACGGGGCUUCUUGCCAUUGUUCCAUUCAUCAGUGAACUGAUGUGGGUUCCUGUCACACUGAUUUCUCUGGGGGUCACUGUUAGCGUCUUUGCCGAUCUGCCCUUAAGUCUUUGCGUCUGGAUCUCUGCUGCUGUUGCAAUCACCUACACUGUUCUUGGAGGUAUCUAUUCAGUUGCUUUCACUGAUGUCAUCCAGCUAUCGUUGGUGUUUUGUAGCUUGUGGCUCUGUGCUCCCUUUGUGUUGGUCAGUGACGUUUAUACUGACAUCACUCAAACAGCAUUCAACCGCACAUAUCAGGCCCCCUGGCUUGGCCAUCUUGAGUCUGAUGAUGUGUGGAGAUGGAUUGAUAAUUUCCUAGCAUUGAGUGUUGGCAACUUGGCAUUUCAAGACUUCCAUCAAAGAACUCUGUCUUCCAGCUCCACAUCUACAGCCAGAAUGAUCUGCUUCAUAGCUGCAGGGCUCGUCCUUGUUCUUGGAAUUCCACCAGUGCUGAUUGGUGCCGUCGCCGCCUCAACAGACUGGAAUUUGACCUCAUAUGGUUCUCCUUCUCCAUAUGAGCGAGGGGAGGCAGCUAUGGUAUUGCCCAUCAUCCUUCUGCAUCUUACUCCAACUGCCAUUUUCAUUGUUGGCAUGGGAGCUAUUGCUGGUGCUGCAAUGUCAUCUACUGACUCUUGCCUCCUGGCAGCAACCUCCAUCUUCACCACCAACAUUUACAAGAUCAUUCGACAUCAAGCAUCAGAUAAAGAGCUGCAGUGGGUGAUUCGCUUCUCCAUAGUAGCUGUAGGGAUUGUGGGAACAUCUCUGACCUACCUGGACAGCAGCAUCUUAGCAUUCUGGAUCCUGAGCUCAGACUUGACUUACACCAUAAUGCUCCCACAACUGAUAUGUGUCCUCUUCGUCAGGGUGUCCAAUGGCUAUGGGGCUGUUGCGGGCUAUGUUGUUGCUUUUGUGAUGAGAGUUUUGUGUGGAGAGCCCAUGUUCAAUCUUCCUGUGAUCCUGCAAUUCCCAGGUUGCACUUUAGAGGAUGGUGUUUACAUUCAGCGCUCUCCCGUCAAGACCAUUUGCAUGCUGUCUGCUCUGGUUUCCAUUCUCAUGGUUUCAUAUGUGGCCUCACUCCUGUUUAACAAGGGGAUCCUUCCCAAGAGGUGGGACGUGUUUGAGGUGAAAUCCCAGGGAGCACCAGCAGAUGGUGCCAGAGAAGGUGAUGGUGAAAAGGUUGAUGAACCAAUGCUUGAAACAGCUUACUAAUUCAGCUUCUGUUGAAUUUAUGUUUGAUUUCAUUUUUGUAACAUGGUUGUUGGUGCCAAUGAUGUUCCUGGGCUUCUGUGGGGACACAUUGCUACCCAUCCAACCUUUGUAUGCGGGGCCCAUGGGGGUAGUAAACGAGCUGAACAAUGGGCCCUAAAUGGGAUUGUCCAAGGGUUCCAUAAUGGAACCAUGCCAAUUGCCUAGAUGGGUGGGUUUACUCAAGUGGGCCAAAGAUAAGAUGCCCAUUUUGGGCCCAUACCCACUUGGUCCCCACUACCUGUUGCAUAACCCAUGUUAAACCCACCCCUGUGGGCAACUGGUAUUUGUUUUUAAUGAAAUACAAAAAUGUCAGAUUUCUUUACUUGUUUUUAAGAAACAUUGCACAGAGUCACAAAAUGUGCCUUAAUCAUGAAAUAGAACACCCAAUUUUGCAAAAUACUGCAUAAAAAG